AUGCCAGCGCCAGAAUAUGUCGAACAUUUGAUGGCUUGGGUACAAAGCAAUAUCGACAACGAGUCGAUGUUCCCGAGUAAGAUAGGUGUUCCAUUUCCGAAAAGCUUCCCCGCCUUGAUUCGCCAACUCUUCAAACGUCUAUAUCGAGUCUACGCCCACAUAUACUGCCACCAUUAUCCUGUCAUUGUGCAGCUUGGCCUUGAACCACAUUUGAACACAAGUUUCAAGCACUACGUCCUGUUUAUUGAUGAGCAUGGUCUGGCAAGUGGGAAAGAUUUCUGGGGCCCGUUGGGAGAGCUGGUGGACAGCAUGUUGAAAAAUUCCAAGCCACCGAUCGCUUUAUACGGCUUGGAUGGCACUUAUGCUAGCGCAUUGUACACAGCAUCUGUCAAGUCCUCCUCACUCGAGCCUGUAUCGAAAUCUCUCGCUGCCCUCUCGGAAGUCUUCAAAAAGGAUCCAAAACUUCCCAAGAUUCUUACUGCCCCAACACUGAGCCCUUCAGACAAGUCACAGAUCAUCGCCGAACUCCAGCGGCAUACAGGGGCCCAGGAUAAAUCCAGUACGGUCAAGAACUUCCUUGAUACGCUAGCGGAGAACAAUCGUCUAGGGAUACUCGAGGGUGUAUGUGAGAAGUUCCAACAACUGAUGGGCGCUGCGAGGGGUGAAUUGGAUCUGGUCAUUACCAGUGCACAGGUUUGUUCCGGGAGCCGUAUGGACACCGGGCGGCAGCUGACGUGCAACUUUAAGGAAUUGGACCGGAAAACAAUUCAGAGAUUGGAGACUGCGAUUGCAAAGUCUGAGUACAGUCAGGGAAAGAAAUUGAAAGUGCUGUCGAAGAUUGAUGCUGACAUCAAGGGCGGAUUGAUUGUGGAAGUCGGCGAGCGAACAAUUGACCUCAGUGUUUCGGCAAAAAUUGUGAAGAUGAACAAGCUGUUGACGGACCAGCUGUGA